AUGAAUCUAUCAAAUAUUGUUCAUAAUAGUAGGCGUCUGGACAACACAUACUGUCUUCCUGCACCACUUACAAGCUUCCAAUCAGAUAUCAAUGAGCUUUUGGUCAGACUCCAUUCAAAACAUUUACUUGACCAAUAUGGACUAGAAGUUACUGAAGGGAAAAAAGAAAACAAGGAAAAUACCCCCCAGCAACUGCCAAACAUUCAAAAAUUAAAUGAUUCGGAGCUUCUCAGCAUGCUAUAUACGAAUCUCAACUUGGCAUCCAACAAUCCUUACCUUUUGGUGAAUCAUUAUAUUCCGAAGAAUAUGUUACUUAUGAAUACCAAGGACUCGUUGACGAAUGUUUCCGGGAAAUUCCGUCUUCUUGACCAAAUAAUCUCGAAAUAUGAAACAAUGAACACCAAAACUACCAAAAAGUAUAAUGUCCUUGUGCUUUCUAACAAUUCUAAGGAAUUUGACUUUAUUGAAAGUCUUCUCAUUGGCCGUUUUGUCAACUACAAGCGUUAUUCUGGCCCAAAGCUUUUUGAAGCCAAAUCUGAAGAAACAGUUACUCCAUUCAAUGAAUCACCUGCAAAAAUAACCCCGUCAUCUAAUUUGGGUACAGGAAAGCGUCAAAUCAGCAGCAAGGAUGAUCCGUAUCUUACAAAGCGUUUGAGGAGAAAACACAGGAGGAUUAUGAAAUACGUUAAGAGUAACAACCGCGAAUACUGUCUAACGUUACAUCUCAUAACUGUUUCACAAUUAAAAUUUCAAUUUUUUAGUAGUGAAGACCCUGGCACGAAUUUUGACUUUCUUGACCUCAAUAAUUCAAUCGCUUUUGAUUAUAUCAUAUCAUUUAAUAAUUAUCUCAAUUUAGACCAUUAUCACUUAAAGAAGAUGAGAGCCGGCUAUAUUGAUGCAAAGACAAGCAAAUAUCAGGCAUAUAGCGAACCAUUACCCAUAUUAUAUAUGUUGGCCUCUGGGUCGAUUGAGCACGCCACAAUUAUCACGUUGAACUGGCUUUUAAAAAACGGGGUGAUUAAAAAUAUCUACAAGAAAAAAUAUAUUGAUGAAAGGACAACAAAGUACGAUCUAGACACCCAGGAUAAGCAGUUGCUACUCUUGGUGUUAAGUCUCUAUCUUAUUAAUAGGGUCAAUUUUAACCAGCCCUCUAGCAUGGAAAUAUCUUCUGAUUCAUGGUUUACUUUAUCCGAAUGGUUAUCGGAUCCAUCGUCAGGAGCACAAUUAUCGAAACUUGUCAUACCUCCCCUUAAUUUUCCUGGUAAUUUUGAUGAUUUUAUGAAUCGUUUCAAGUCUAAUUAUCUUGAAUCAAAUUCUACAGGGAAAAUAGCCAGUCCAAUAUCAGAUUCUCUACGGAAGGCCAUCGAGUCCUUCAAUUUGAAGAGCUAUAAUUUUAAACUCAGCUCCGAUUUGAAAAUUACUCUGGAGCUCAUUGGUCGCAACCAACAAAUUUUCAGUUCUUACCCUCAACUUAAUGAGCAAUUCGGUGAAACUACUAAAGAAAAUUUGAUAGCAGAGAAGCAGUUUGGCGACUCAACUUUGGUGGACCUUGAACAGAGUGGCCAACCUGCAAAACGCUUGAAGGUUGAAAGCAAUAGAUCAUCAUCCAAGUAUGUGCCUAUAGCUUCCGUUUCUGCUCUUCUAUCUUUUGACACUUCGAUUCCUGAAUCUGCGCUCAAAAAUCUUGAGUGUUUGGCAACAGAGAGCGCCAAGUUUGAUGCAAGUACCCGCCUCCACUUUUAUCCAGCUCUUGAUAAGUUUCCAGUAGACUUUGAAACCUACAACCGGAAUAUUACCUCUAUUAUAAAAAAUCGCUCCGAUAGUUUGACCGAUUUAUUAAAGACUUUUUCUGCGAAAACUUUAUUUGAAAAUGAAAUUGGCCAAUUUUUGCAAGUGAGAAUUGAAAAGAACAAUUGGGUUAGCAAAGCAGUUUUCACUAAACAGUUAGAGUUGAGAAAAGAAAUCACCAAGGAAGAAAAAUAUCACGAGAGGCUAUUAUCUGAAUACCAAAAAUUUAAGUCUGCUGAGAAGUUUGCAAUUUUUAAAAAUCAGGAAUUCGUCAAGGCCAUGAAGGGAGAGGUUAGGGAUAUCAGUAAAAUUUACGAGAUUAUGGGAAGUGAAAAACUUGAUGGUAAAGAAUCCGAAUUAUUAUUACAAAUUGACAAGGAGAUUGAAGACCUGAAAAAGGAAAAAACCCAUGUUGAGAAUUUUAAUGCAAAAGGCAAAGAGGAAGAAAUGGAAAAGGAAAAAGAACCUAAGGAAGGAGAUAAUAAAUCUGAAAUUACUUCGAAGAUCGAGCAAACGAUUUCUAGCAAAGUUCAGAAUCCUGAAGAAGGCCAAGAAACCCAAUGGAUUCGCUACUUUCCUACUAUCUCUACAGGCAUAAGCUAUUCUGUUUUAGAGGAACAAUCAAGGCUAAUUGAUCAACUCUCUUUUGAAAUUACUAAUUUUGAAUCACAGUCCGUUGAAGCUAACUCGAAGAUUGAUAAGGCCAGAGCAGAAUACCAAAAUAAGUCUACAUCGGUUUCCUAUCAAUUGGAAACUUUGGGAAAGUUGAAAGCUCGUAUCAGCACCAUUGAGGAGAUUUUGAAAAGAAAGGAUACUAUUAAAGAAAUGAAGACUAGGGCGUUGGAGUUCAGCAUUGGAGAUGAUAAAGAUAUUGUACCUAAUUUCAACAGCAAUGAGAUACCUGCGAGCAAUGGAUUGAAGAAAACCGACGACAAUCAUAAUAUGGUAUUGAUUAAUGAAGACAAGUUUAACGCCAUCAAGUAUAAAAACCUUGUUCGCCAAAAGAAUUUUAUGGAAAACUACCUGACUAUAAUGCGCCAACAGUCCAAAAAUAGUCGCAAUAUAACGCCUGUAUCCUCUAAUAAUAGUACAAGUAAUAAGGACUCUUCUGGAGGUGUGUCUGGAAGAAGGCGAAAUGGAAAAAGAAGGGGUCGUGGUUAA